AUGGAAUUUGAAGAGUGGGUGAAAAAGGUUCCUGGGAGCCCUGUUCUGAGUCAGGAUCCAGUGACUACACCCUUCAUCCAAGUCACCAAUACCACAGUCAAAAACCUGAUCUCUGUGUUCCUGACCUGCUUGUCAAAUGACAAUGGGAUCUCCAUCCAGUGGCUCUUCAAAGGCAAUAUUCUUGUGAUCACCAAUAGGAAAAUGCUGUUUGAGAACAACCACACCCUCCAAAUAUUCCCUGUGAGGAUUGAGGAUUCUGGGGACUAUCAAUGUGAAGUAUUCAAUAAAGUCAGUUCCAAGAGGAGUGACCCAAUCCAGCUGGACAUAAUACGAGAACGUUCCAGACCAAAAAAACAUCGACCCUCAUCAAGGGGUAUUAUUGGCAUUAUUGCCCAAUGUCUGAUGGGGCUGAUUGCAGUAAUAUUUGUUGUACUCUUCUUACUGUGGCGCAGACGUCGUGGCAGAGAACCACAAAUUGAGAACAAUGUUAAACAAGUGGACAAUGAGCCAACCAACCUCAAUGAAACCUCAGAAGGUUCAAAUAUGAAACCUCAAAAGAAAAAGAAGAGCAAGAAGUAAGAGCAUGCUCAGUGAGGACAACUGGACCCAUCCAUCCAUAGCAUCACCCACUUCAACCCCCACCCCACAUCUACUACUACCUCCUGCCGCCUCCUUCGGCUACAAAUCACAAGUCUCAGAUGAGCUUUGUACUUCCAUGCUCUGGUGACUCUUCUCUUACUUCCCCAGGUCACGUGACAACUCUCCUAAUGAGGUGGAUGGCCUUCGCAUUAUUUCCUAAAAAACAAUGUCCAGCAACACAAAUACCUAAAUUCAGUCUUCCCAACUCCACCAGCAACAGCAACUGUUUUCUAUAAUAAAAACACAGUGAUGAGACCUG